AGAAUGUGCUAUUAGCGUACACUAUUCUCGGACCCUUGUAUUGAAAAUUGCAGACAUCGGCCGCGCCGCUAGUAAACACUCUUGUAAAAUUAACAUCUUAUCCUCGAAGAAAGUCAAAAUCCCGGGUUCACAAGGCCUCAGAGUCGAUGAGAAAGGUUCGUUGAAGUUUGUUCAGCGACUAUUUAGCAGGUGUAGAGGGAGUGAUCCUCUGGCGUUAAAGGAAAUUUCUAAAAGUUGUGGGCGACAGUCCCCGGUGGCGCGCCCGGCUAACAUGAAUCACACGCCUGCCCCGGACAGGCCGCAGCAAGACUCCAAUGUAAAUCAGGUUGAGGAGAUGGAGACACAAGAAGUGGAGACUGUAGAAACAGCUACUGAGAAGGCCUGGGAUGAAGAGUUUGUUAAGGAUUCCAAUGGUGAAGUUGUGAUGGGUGAAGUGAUCAAGAACCCGGAGACGGCAGCUGCAGAGUUUCCGCUGGCUGGCCUUGAUGCUGAAAUGGAGGAUGACGAGGCAAGAUCGGAGGCGACGUUCCGUUUUACAGUACAAAACUUGAGGAGCCUUAAAGACUCGGUUCUCUCACCGCCAUGCUACGUCCGCAACCUGCCAUGGAAGAUCAUGGUGAUGCCCCGGCAAGCACCGUCCCCUGACCGCCAGCAGCAGAAGUCAUUAGGCUUCUUCUUGCAAUGUAAUGGAGAGAGUGAGUCUUCAAGCUGGUCCUGCUAUGCAAUGGCCGAACUGAGACUUAUCUCUCAGAAACCAGAUGCUGAGCCAUUUUACAGAAAAAUUCAACAUCUGUUUUACAGUAAGGAGAAUGAUUGGGGAUUCUCUCACUUUAUGUCGUGGAGUGAUGUUUUGGAUCCAGAGAAGGGAUACAUUAAGGAUGACUCUAUUACUCUUGAAGUGCAUGUAACUGCGGAAGCCCCACAUGGGGUAUCCUGGGAUUCUAAGAAGCAUACUGGAUAUGUUGGUCUGAAGAAUCAAGGCGCAACAUGUUAUAUGAACUCUUUGCUGCAAACCCUAUAUUUCACAAAUCAGUUGCGCAAGGCUGUGUACAAAAUGCCAACCGAAUCUGACGAUAGUACAAGGUCUGUUGCUUUAGCGCUACAAAGAGUGUUCUAUGAGUUACAAUUUUCUGACAAACCUGUAGGAACAAAGAAGUUGACUAAAAGCUUUGGAUGGGAAACACUUGAUUCCUUUAUGCAGCAUGAUGUGCAGGAGUUUUUGAGGGUUCUUUUAGAUAAAUUGGAGAGUAAGAUGAAAGGUACCUGUGUUGAAGGGACUGUACCUCGCCUAUUUGAAGGCAAAAUGACCUCAUACAUCAAGUGUAAGAAUGUUAAUGUAUCGAGCACUCGGGUUGAGACUUUCUACGAUAUACAACUGAAUAUAAAAGGAAAGAAGAACAUCGAUGAGUCUUUCAACGACUACAUCAGCACGGAGACGCUGGACGGCGAGAACAAGUACGACGCGGGCGAGCACGGGCUGCAGGAGGCAGAGAAGGGCGUCAUAUUCGCCUCCUUCCCGCCCGUGCUGCAUCUGCACCUUAUGCGCUUCCAGUACGACCCCAUCACUGACAGCUCCGUCAAGUUUAACGACAGGUUCGAGUUCUACGAGCAUAUAAACCUGGACGCGUACCUGCAGGAGAAGCCGGAGACGCCGGCGGACUACACGCUGCACGCGGUGCUGGUCCACUCGGGAGACAACCACGGCGGACAUUAUGUCGUCUUCAUCAACCCUAAGGGAGACGGCAAGUGGUGCAAGUUCGACGACGACGUGGUGUCGCGCUGCACCAAGCAGGAGGCCAUCGAGUACAAUUACGGCGGACACGACGAGGACAUGACGCUCACUGUGCGACACUGCACCAACGCCUACAUGUUGGUUUAUAUACGGGAUUCACAGUUGAAGACUGUACUGCAAGAAGUUACUCAAGCUGACAUACCUACAGAACUCAGCGAGCGGUUGGCCGAAGAAAAGAGAAUUGAAACCAUACGUCGCAAGGAGCGCAACGAGGCGCACUUAUACAUGAACGUAAACGUGGUGCUGGAGGAGGCGUUCGAUGGUUACCAAGGCAACGACCUGUACGACCCCGAGCGCGCGCACUGCCGCGUGUUCCGCGUGCGCAAGCAGGCCACCACAUGCAGACCGACUUGCCUGGACAUUGUAAAUGAUCAGAUGAAGACUGUAUCCGAUGUGUCUGAGAACAUGAACCCGUGGAACAUAUUCCUGGAGAUGCUGCCACCAGACUCCGGAUUCAGCUCACUGCCACCCUUCGACAAGGAGAACGACGUGGUCCUCUUCUUCAAGUAUUACGACCCUAAACAGAAACGCAUCCAUUACUGCGGACAUCACUACCUCUCUAUCGCCAGCAAGCCAGCUGAUCUUAUACCGAUACUCAACAAACGAGCAGGCUUCCCUCCCGACACGCCUCUCGUCCUCUACGAAGAGAUCAAACCAGACUUCGUGGAGAAGCUGAACAACUACAAUGACCCUCUUGAAAAGGUAUUGGACGAACUGAUGGACGGCGACAUCAUCGUGUUCGAGCGCGCCGACCACCGGCACGACGAGCUCGAGCUGCCCACCUGCCAGGACUACUUCAAGUACAUCUUCUACAAGGUCGAGGUGCAGUUCAUAGACAAGACGAUGCCCAACGAUCCCGGGUGCGUUAAUAACCAUUUCCACAUAUAUAAAAAUCUUAGCAAUAGAAGCCGCAAGUAUCAUAAUGUGAAGGGAUCAACCGGAAUUAACAUACAAAACAAAAUAGCUGCACAUGCGAUGCUUAAAUACUCUUUGUAUUUAAAAAGUGCACACUUAACAAUAUCGAGGUAUUACACACCCAAACAAAUAAUGAUAGACAGAAUCACAACUGGUUGGAAGAAUCCAUGCCCUAAGAAAUUGUUCUAUCAGAUUUUAUCUAUCAAAGUUAAUGAAUUGGAUAAUAAGAAGCAGUUUAAAUGUUUAUGGGUUGGGCCAAAUUACAAAGAAGAUAAAGAGUUAAUUUUAUAUCCCAACAAGGGUGGAAAGGUGGCGGACAUUUUAGAGGAGGCUGCUAAGGUGGUUGAAAUGUCACCAGAUGGCUCUGGCAGAUUGCGUAUCGUGGAGGUGUCCUGUCACAAGGUGCUGCCGGGCCCCGACCCCGAGUUGACGCUAGAUCAGGUCACCAUCUCGCCGCCCAGACUAUACAGAAUAGAGGAGAUACCCAAGGAUGAGUUACAUCUACAGGAGGACGAGGUGCUGGUGCCGUGCGCGCACUUCUUCAAGCAGGUGUACGCGACGUUCGGCGUGCCCUUCUACACGCGCGUCAAGCACCUCGAGCCCUUCCAGGCCGUCAAGGACCGCCUGCAGAAGAAACUAGACAUACCUGACAAGGAGUGGGAAAAGUACAAUUUUGCUAUAGUGACAAAUGGUAGACCUGUUUACAUAAACGAUGGAGUGACAGUUAACGUAUUCGACUUCAGGCCGAGCAGUAAUGCAAACGCGACGGGGCGGCCGUGGCUGGGGCUCGAGCACAUCAACAAGACGCCCAAACGCUCCCGCGCCAACUACCUGGAGAAGGCGAUCAAGAUAUACAACUGAGUGGUGAGCCGCGCCCCGCCUCGCUCGUCGGCAGCGCGCCGCGACAUUAGCGACGCGCACCGCGACACUAGCGACGCGCGACGCGACACUAGCAACACGCGACGAGACACUAGAGACACGCGCGGGGCACCCAGCGACCGGCGAUAGUCCACAGUCGCGUGACGUAGCAUUAUGAUAGCCUUAUUAACACGUAAUGUACAACGCCGAGUCGACUCCCUUCGCUAUUGCCCUCAUAGAAUGUUCAUAGCGUCACAACGCAUACGCAAUAGUUUAUCGACCUAAUGCAGCAGUCAACGUUCAUUUUGUCUAGUUUUUAUUAUUUAUUUCACAGUCUGGACAGUCGCUUUGUGUUUGCGUUGCAAUAAUCUAUUUCUGUAAAUUUUGUUCUUUUUUUUUCGACUUGAGUAUUUAAAUCCCGUUUUUAGCUUAAAAAUAAUGUAUACUUUAUUGACGCAAUUAUACAUUUGAAGUUUUUCGCGUUUAGUUUCAAUUAUGUGAAUACUCAAGGUUUUCGAUAUUUUACAAGGCUUGUGUUUACCGGAGAAUUUUUUUCGUUUAACGUUUUAAUAUAAUUAAACAGUAAGGUACUUAAAGUGCCUACCGAUUUAAAUAAAUGAAACUAAAAGCGAUGAUUGUAAUAUAAUUUGGAAAUAAUUGAAGUGAUUUAGUUAGUCUCAAUUGGUUAGUAAGGCGUGAAGAUGACGUCAUGCUGUGCCAAUUGUUGAUGAUAUCUUUCUUUUGGUGAUUCGGCAAAAUUAAACAUUAAUUGGUAUAUUUAAAACAACAUUUUUUUUUCAUUUUAAAAGUAAAAACGUGUCAAAUAAGCGCCGAAGUAACUUCGGUAAUCAAUUGCAUUUUAUUCACUUAAAUAGAAAUAUUUUAUUUUAUAUGUGAUAAAAAUUCGAUUGAAAUCUGCAAGUAUGUCAGGAUAGUUUAUUUUGGCGUCUACAAUUUGUAAGAUAAUCGGGCAUAUGCCUUAUAUAAAUUUCUAUUAAUGUUGAAAUAUUGUUAAUUUAAUCUAGAGAGGUUUUUUAACCACAUUAAUGUUUGUUUCGGUCACUUAUACAGCAGUUGCUAAGAUUUAAAUGUUUUCCUGUCUUAUUAAAUAAAACAAGUAUGUGUAUUUUUGGUUUAAUUUGAUUAAUAACACGAUUUGUAUAUUUCUUUUGCAUGGAAACGAUGCAUUGCAUGUAGUUCCUGAUUUGGUUCCUUCCUUUAGCUAGCUGAUUUGAAUUUAGUCUAGAAAAGUUAGUGUAUAGAAAAUUCCGCGUGUUUUUUGAGUACAAACUUGCUAAUUUCAUCUUCAUUUAACGGCCAGUGGUAAAUGAUAGCAAAUAAAAUAUUCGUACGCAAAUGUUUGCCGAUGACUCUAGCACUGACCUUGAGUCUCGCUCAGUACCGUCACUCGUGACGUCACGACGCCAUCGGCAAAGCUCGCAGCUAAGUACACGAGUUAUACAUAAAUAAUUCUUUUCACUUGAAGACUUGCAAAUUAUAUUAGUAGUAGUGGCGAUGUGUGUGUGUUGAUGACGUCAGAGAACUCACCGCACCGAGCGCUGUCAUUGGCCGAACGUACACGCAUCAAGCGCGUCAAUUUAUGUGUGAAACUUAUUUGCCGAAUGCUUUCAUUUUGACUAAUAUUGAGCAAACUCAAUACUGCUAUUUGUUAAUUUAGUGUUAUCUUAUCAAAACCAGUGAAUUUUUAAACAGUAGUAUCGGCGUAUUCUGAAUCAAUUAGUCUGGAUUUAAAUUAUAAUUAUUAUAAUCUAGAUAAUUUAGAUUACAUUUCUAAACAAUUCCCCUCCAAUUUAUAGUAAUUAUGGUGUAUCUACUAUUCUUUAUUUUUUAAACAAAUUAAGAAAAUAUAAUCUUUUUCCUGUUAUCAUUGGACAAUUAUUAUUUUUGUAAUAUUACUAUAUUUAAAUGCUUAAGGCAACAAUUCUAAUUGUUAUUAUAACGAAUGCUUUACACCAUUUCAUGUUAUCGAAGUAUUGCGUUAUAUUAUUGACCAUUGUAUAGUAAAUGUUUUAUUUUUGUCGAAUUGCCAAACUUUCGAUGUAAAUAAGAGGACAACAAAUUGUUUUAAACUCUAUUGUAUACGCUUUAGCACUUAGCACGUGUAACAAUUUGCACUUUGACUAUUUUACUGGUAAGCCAUAUCCAUCCUUAGCCUCCACCUCCAUAUCCUGUAAACGAGUUUGUGAAUCACUUAUGUUUUUGACCUGCCAGAUGUUACGUUUAAAAAAUAAUUAUGUCGAAAUUAUGUAUAUAUAUGAUGUAAUAAAUUAAGAAAAAAAAACUA